UUUGCAUUUUUUAAAAGUAAGGUAAAUAAAGUAUCUCAUUAUACAGAAGUACAAGGUCUCGUUCUUGUACAUUUCGCUCUUCCCAAAUAUUCUGCAAUCAGAACCCUGAUUGCAAAACUAAGCACAUGGAUUCUCAAAAGACACCAGGCCAGAGAAUUCUUUCAUCCUAGUCCCAAUCUCGCCCUUGAAAGCGUGGGACGGGAAAGGCUGCGCCACGGGAAAUAAAUGAGGGCUGCCAAAGGCCGUCGGAGGCCGCGGGGCUCGGGAGGCAGGCGAAGACCCAGCGUCGCAUUGCAGAGUCGAGACGACCUGGGCUGCCGUGACGCCGCAGUCGCCGUCCCUAGUUUCCCCCGCCCUGCCCGAGCGCAUCCGCGCCUCUCGCCCGAAUCCGGGUACCACCGGCGACUCGGGUCGGCCCCUUCCGGCUUGUUCCGGCGUCCGGCCUGGCAUGCGGGUGCUGCGGCUGCUGCGGCUGCGGCUUGGGAAGCUCCGCGCUUCCGCAGGCCUGGCCUCCGCGGCCCGGGCCCCAGCAGCCUGUCGCUGGACCCCGCCCCGGCCCAGCGCACCGCCCUCAGGCCCCGAGCCCCGCCCUGGCCUCCGCCUCGGCCUCGCCUCCGGCCCCGGGACGCGGCCCGCCACCGCCGCUGCCGCCAGCCCAGACGCGCCGCCCGCAUGCGCCGCGACCAUGGAGCGCCCCGAAGCGGGAGGAAUUAAUUCCAAUGAGUGUGAAAAUGUAUCAAGAAAAAAGAAAAUGUCAGAGGAAUUUGAAGCCAAUACUAUGGAUUCUCUGGUAGACAUGCCGUUUGCUACUGUAGAUAUUCAGGAUGACUGUGGAAUCACUGAUGAACCUCAAAUAAAUUUGAAGAGAAGUCAAGAAAAUGAAUGGGUCAAGAGUGAUCAAGUAAAGAAGAGGAAAAAAAAGAGAAAAGAUUAUCAACCCAACUAUUUCCUGUCCAUUCCAAUCACCAACAAAGAGAUUAUAAAAGGAAUUAAGAUCCUGCAAAAUGCAAUAAUACAACAAGAUGAGCGACUGGCCAAAGCAAUGGUCAGUGAUGGUUCCUUUCAUAUUACCCUGCUGGUGAUGCAAUUAUUAAAUGAAGAUGAAGUAAACAUUGGUAUUGAUGCUCUUUUGGAAUUGAAACCAUUCAUAGAAGAACUCCUCCAGGGAAAACAUUUGACUUUGCCCUUUCAAGGGAUUGGCACUUUUGGAAAUCAGGUUGGAUUUGUGAAGCUGGCAGAAGGAGAUCAUGUAAACUCACUUUUGGAGAUAGCAGAGACUGCAAAUAGGACAUUUCAAGAAAAAGGCAUCCUGGUAGGAGAGAGCAGAAGUUUUAAGCCUCAUUUGACCUUCAUGAAGUUGUCAAAAUCACCGUGGCUCCGUAAGAAUCCUAGGGGGUUCCUCAUGCAAAUUCAGACAUCUGAUGGCCUGCUCUCAUAUACCAGAGUUUUGGAGAUGGGCAUGCAGAUUAAUAUCUGCUCCCUGCUCUCCAUGACCCUUUGCUGCAGUUGAGACUGAUUUGCAGCUCUAGAAAUGAAGGCCAUGUGUAGUAAUUGAGCCAUCAGAUGAUUCUAAAAAUACUCGUCAUGCAUUCAAUGGCAUUUUCUCUGGAGUGGACUGUUUGAGUGCCAAGUUACAACCAAGAAUGAAAUUCCUGUUUCCCGGUACAUUGUAUCAAAGGUUAUCAAGUGUAUUUGAACAUCACUGAUAAUUUUUCCUAAACUGUGACUGAAACUAGGCUAAAGAUAAGUUAAAACUUCAGUCAUUUCUAAUGAUUAAUUAAGAUAGUCUUGAAAACUUUUUUCUGUUUGACGUUUCUUAGCACUAUUUUAUUGUUUCAAAGUCUGAUAUUCCAUACUUAACCUCCUAUUUUCUCUUCUAAUGUUACAUUGCAUAAUUGAAAUGUCACUUAUACUGGAUACAAUUAUAAAUAUGAAGCUCUUAAAAAUAUGCCUCCUCCUUGUUAGGUUUAAGGCAAAAAUAACCUUCUAAGGACUAGACCAUCACCAAUCAUAUUCAAAACUCCAGGGUUGCAACACCCAUAGCAUGAUUUGUUAAAGAUACCUCACGUAUUUUUCUUCUACAUGUGAAAUAAUCCUAACUCUUAGCCUUUAUAGAUCAAAUUUAACAAUUUUCAUGAUAUCUUUUGAACCCUCCUAACAUUGUAUACCUCCAUUGAUAGUUAAGUAAUAGUGCCUUGGGUCUGGCCUAUGAUGAAGGGUCUGGCCUGUGAUGAAGGGAAGCAGAGAAUAAUGUGGGGGGUCCACAACCUGAAAAUAGUGCCACCACGCAGCCUUUUUAGCUUUAAAAUAUAAUCUGGGAGGAUGAUGCUUCUGAAACUAUUUUGCCAUCCCAGUGGAUUCAUUCAGAAAAUAGGGCCCUUCUUAGGCUUACCCUAAAUGAUCCACUUUUGAGGUCCCAUUUAUUUCCUCAGAAUCAUAGUCUUCCUUUUUUUUAGUAUGAAAGAAAACACCACCUGCUGCAGCUGGUUGGUGAGAUCGAUUCAGAUAAAUUUUAUCAGAAAAGAAAUAUAUUGCCAAAGAAAAAAUUUCUCCAGAGAAUGACGAUCAUGUUGAAAUUGUGAUAUAUAUCAGACAAUGCAGAGGCUUAGCUAUUUCUAGGUUGUUUAUUACUGAAGAUUUUUCUGAUCAGGGCAUAUAAUUUCGGUGCCUUCAAAAGGCAUCAUGCCUUUUUGAACCAUAGCUCUCUCUAUAAAUUAUGAGUUAAGGAAUUAAUUCUGUUUCACUUGCUAGUAAAAAUUAACUCCUAAAGACUCAUGUUGGAAGUCAUCUGUGAAAAAUUCUUGCAAAAGUUAGCGUUUACCUUUUGCUGAAAUUAAAUUAAUAAGCCUAGAAGAUUAGAGUCAAUCUCAUGUUUUAUUUCUUUAAAAAAUGACAUUUUACAAAACGGAAGUGAAGAUUAUAGCAAUAGUGGCUAGUCGGUGCUGCACUGGUUUCUUGAAAAUUGAAGGUUCUUAUUUGUCUGCUGUGUUAUUGCCAGUCUUCUCUCCAGUCUGAAGGAAUGACUUUCUCCAACCUGCACACCCCUACACACACACAUACAAGCAUUUAGAAGACAAGAAUGGUUGGUCAUUUUCCAUUUACUUUGAAUGUUUUUGUUCUUGAAAUGUUAUCUCGAAUGAAGUUAUUACAUAAAGUUCACUAAUGAUAAUGAUUGUGUGUAUGUGUGUGUUUCUAUAUAAUUUAUUAUAUCUCAUUGUUUUAAGCACUUUUAUAAAUGAACUUACUUAGUCCACAUAACCCUUUGAGGUAAGGGGGAGAGAUUAGGAGUCCAGUUUUAGACAUUGAACAAAAAACAUACAUCAAUAGAAACAUGUUUAAUAUGAUAUUAAAAAUUAAGAUCAACCUAAAUGUCCAACAGUAAAUAAUUGGAUGAAUAAAUUAUGAGACUUUCAUGCAAUGAAGUACUAUGGAGAAAAAUAUUUGGCACAUCUGUAUAUUAUUUUGGCACAUCUGUAUAUUAUUAUAUUAUGACACAGCAUAUUUGCUGAAAAUAUAAAGCUGGUUAUCAAAUAGUACUCAGGGAACAACCACAUUCUAUAGAAGAGAAAAAAUGUACUUUGUAUUGGCAAGGAAAAACUAAACACAUAAAAUUAUAGCAGUGGCAGUUUGUAGUGAGUUAAUAUUUUUGCUUUUAUAAAUUUUUUUCCGUUAACUAGUUUUCUAAAUAAGUUUUUGUCAUUGAAAAGAGAAAAUAUAUAUUCUAGUUACUUUAAUCUUAUGGACUGUAUUUUGGGACUCUGAGGCUGAGUUGCAGGGCCAUUGUAUAGUAUAGCAGAGGCAGAUAUAUUCUUUCCCAUGUUUUGGGGAACUACAGAGGUACCAAGGGCAUCCCACUGUAAUUUUUCAACAACCAGCUGUUUCUGCUAAGAAAAUACACUGAAAAUAAGGAGGAGCAGAUAGAGAAGAAUUUGGAAGAUCCACUGACUUCCCUGCUCCAAUUCAAGUAAUCUUUAAUUGUCUUUCAGAUGAUUCUUACAUAAGGAAUUUAAAAAUUACAUCCAUCUUAUUAGGGCAUUUUUCCACUAUAAAAUGUUAAGAUCCAACUUACUUUUUAAAGAUUUAUAGUAUUUUAUUUUUUCUACCUUACUUUAAAAAAAUGUAUCUAUUUUGCUGGGCACAGUGGCCCACGUCUGUAAUCCCAGCACUUUGGGAGGCCGAGGCGGGUAGAUCUUGAGGUCCGGAGAUCAAGACCAUCCUGGCUAACACAGUGAAACCCUGUCUCUACUAACACUACAAAAAAUAUUUUUUUGUGGUGACACAAAAAAUACAGGUGUAGUAACACGCGCCUGUAGUCCCAGCUACUCAGGAGCCUGAGGGAGGAGAAUCACUUGAACCCUGGAGGCGGAGGUUGCAGUGAGCCGAGAUCGCGCCACUGCACUCCAGCCUGGGUGACAGAGUGAGACUCCAUUUCAAAAAAAAAAAAAAAAAUCCAUUUCUCCAUUUUUGUUGGAGAUGAUUAGUCUUUCCUUGGUAUCUCAAAAUUUUAACUCAGUAUACUUUAUUAUUUCUGGAGCUUAAAAUGUAUGAAGUUCUGAAAACUGCCAAAUUUAAACCUAACACUCUUUAUUGAUGGUUUUUUAAUACAACUCCUUCUAGGUAGGGAGACUUGAAAAACAACUUCACAACAAUUUUAUUGUUGUAUAUCCAUUUCAAAUGCCAGUAGGCAGUGGUGUAACAAUGUAGUAAUGUAAUAAUCAGGUUCUAAGAAAGUGAUGUAGUUACGAACUGGCUGCCUGGGUGAAAUGAUUGAUUGAUUGAUUUGUUUUUUCAU